UUUAAUUUUCAAAUUAGCACAACAUGGUCAUGAUGUUGACAAAAUUAAAUUGCCAAUUAUUAAUGAUGACGUUAUUAAAAUAAAAACACGAGAUCCUGAUUAUUGUCCGAUAUGGAUACCUAAAGAAUCAUCUCUUGCUAUAGCCGUAAUAAAAGAACAUCACGAAAAAACAUUUCACGGGGGCAUCAAGACUACAAUGGCAAGUAUUCAUGCAAAAUUUUAUAUUCCGAAUUUAUAUCGUUUGGUAAAAAAAUAUAUCUAUUAUUGCGAAUUUUGCCAAAUUGAAAAGAAAAAGCAAUUUGUUCAACCUUUCUCGGCUUUACCGUCGACUCGAACAAAUUUUACUGCACCGUUUGAGUCCAUCUGCAUUGAUUUUUUUGGUCCUUUAAACUACAGAAAUUCAAAACAAUUUUAUGGCUUAAUCGCAACAUGUUUAGUUUCUCGUGUUGUCAAAUUGGAAGUAGUUCAAUCUUUAUCGGCGAAAGCUACGUUGGAAUCGUUGAAUCGUAUCUUUCUUUUGUGUGGUACACCUAAAGUAAUUUAUAGCGAUAAUGGAAAAAAUUUUAUUCGUGCCAGCAAAGAAAUUAAAAAAUUGUUUAACUUUGUUCAAGAUUUGAAACAAUCCGAUGACCGUUGUAUUGAUUGGAUUUUUUCACCACCUCAUGCUCCUUGGUUCAAUGGAACUGCUGAACGAUUGAUAGCUGUAGUCAAAAGGUGUUUACGGGUUUUUGACAACGAAUUUCGAUCUAUUGAAAAUGCCCGUUAUAUGUUCCUUCAAGUUGAAUCAGAAAUCAACAAUCGGCCAAUCAUCCAGAAUGACGAACGAUGGUUAUCAGCCUUUGAAUUGGCGUAUGGAAGACCGCAAGAACCUCUGAAAUUAUUGAAUGAUUCAGAUAAAACAGAAAUUGGUUCAGCUUUUAGAUGGCUAAAACAUCUGAAUAACAUUCGUAACAAAUUCGAAAAGUUAUGGCGGCAACAUUAUGCUGUACCACCACCACCACCAUAUGAUAAUAUAAACAAUAAUCAACAUAAUUCCGGUUGUAAUCCUAUCAUCAUUACACAACAACCAACAAGACCGGUAGUUGUUGUUGAAGAACCUGUUUGUACACCGGCUGAUUGUUGUCUUUGUGCAAUAUGUGCUAUUUGUUGUGGUAUGUGUAUGGCAAGCCAUCCAUGUUGUUAA